AUGUCCAAGCCUCUCGCACACGCCUCCAUCGUUGCCCGCCGCUCUAGCGAGCGCGGGUACGCCGAACACGGCGGCUGGCUCAAGACGUUCCACACCUUCAGCUUCGCCAACUACUACGACCACAAGUUCAACCAAUUCGGCAGCCUGCGCGUGCUCAACGAAGAUCGCGUAGCUGCGCGCAAUGGUUUCCCGACCCACCCCCACCGCGACGCCGAGAUCUUCAGCUACAUCCUCAGCGGAGAGCUUACGCACCGCGAUAGCAUGAUCAAGAAGGGCGCUGAAGGUGCCCAGGGCAAGCAAUUCUACCGGAUGAAGAGAGGCGACGUGCAGUUCACAACUGGUGGCACAGGCAUCGCGCACUCUGAACAAAACGAAUCCAACAAGCCGGUACACUUCCUCCAGAUCUGGGCCCUUCCCUGGAAGUACGGACUCAAGCCUCAAUAUCACACGAGAACAUUCGACGAGGCUGCCAAGCGGAAGGGGUUUGUGCAUAUCCUGUCGCCGCUCGCUGCGGGUCCCGAUGCCACGGCUGCGGAAGAAGAGGCGGCCGUCCCCAAGAUACCGGACACUAUUCCCAUCCAUGCGGACUUUGUGAUGGGAGCUGGUAUCAUUGAGCCCGAGCAGACGUUCCAGUGGACUGUUGGCGCCGGUGAUGCUGUCACCCAGAAGAAGCGCAAUGUAUACAUCCACCUUCCCAUGACCAAGGGCGGCAAGGCUAAAAUCAGACUGGACUUCCGCGACAAUGCGGUUCUAGAAGAGGGUGAUGGUGCGUUCGUCACAGGGGUGAAUGCGGGGGAUGUGCUCAGUGUGGAGAGUAUAGGCGAGGCGGAAGCGGAAGUUGUUGUCUUGGACAGCAACUAA